CAGUUCUCGGCCUCCACGGAUUAGCUGCACCAGCUCCGGUACUACUUUGACUGACAACGAAAUCCUAUUUGACCAGAAUCUUCUUUACUACCCGGAUCGAACCAGAAACUGCCAUCUUGCGGCGGCAGAUGUAACUACUAAGACAACUACAGCUCCUUCGUCAUAUCAACUACGAAUAUUUCUAAAGUAACCGUUCUUCAAAUCAAAAUGCAGAAAACCGAUAUCAGCUUUGCAAUACAAAAAGCUAAAAAGCAAUUAAUGUCUCGCGACAAAGCUGCACAAACGACAGCCGUUGAAUGGUUGAACAAUGAAUUGCAAACAGAGUCAGCGGCAGCACGAAAUCUUCUGGUAGAGAAGCUAAUAAAUUCCGACAUUGUUAGCGUCCUCUGCGAAGCCCUCGUUUGUUCCCGUGGUCAACUUCUAAUGUCUGUUCUCCAGUGCCUGGAAAUAUUUUCCGGAAAUGAGAAAUUCUACAGACACAAUCAUGCUCUGUAUGCGGUCGAAUCUAUCCUGCGCAUUGGUCAUCUGAUGACGAAGAACACCGAUGAAGUGGAGAGACUAGGCUGUGCCGUGUGCACGCUGUUCGUUAUUCUCAGUGGAGCGAAACGUCUGGCGGUACCCGUAGAGAGAAUCUGCAACGCAGAACAGAUAUUCGAGUUCCUGGGAAAUCUAAUUACCACAAAGUCACCAAGUUAUCUAUUAAGAUUCUCAGCCAGUAAGAUUCUUUGCUUGAUGAUGGACCACGCACUACCCCGUAUAAGGAACGAUGAUCUCGUAGUGAUCCUCCCAUUAUAUAUAGAGAGUUUAAGAUCCAUGAGAAGUAUCAUUGAACAGAUUGAGAUAGAUGAAAAAUAUAUUCUCAAUGCUAUGACCGUUAUUUGUCGCACCUGCGCACUUGGUACUCGCUUCUGCUCGAACGAAGAUUACGUCAACGAGGGUUCACGUGGGUUCAUAGAUUCAGGCAGGAUUGUAAAUGCCCAGCAUAGAAGCUCCUUUGCACUGUCAACAUACAGCACGAUGAUGGAGGUGAUCAUUCCUCGUGCCAGAGAAAUCAAAACGAGCUGUGCCACGAUUUACUUGAACCUCGUAAGCUGCCUAAACGACCUGUACAGACUGAGAGAUUGUAAUUGCGUCGACUUGUCAAACCACUUAGCAGCGAAAGGAUACCUGAAGUAUCUCUCGCGAUUAACGACAUUUCCCACGCAGGAUAUGAAUCGGGCAAUUUUAUUAUUGCUGUCCAGAAUACUUGUGACACUUUCUGUUGACUCACUUCCGGCUGAGAAUUGGCCUGGAGGUUUGAAUUGUUUUAAACAAUUCAUUGUGGAAGGUGUCAUGUCCUUACCCAAAUAUUAUCCCGACUGGAAACUGUUGUUAGCUACUCAUGGAAUAGACGCUGAUGCUUUUUUACUUAUAGUUUACUAUCACUUUCUCAGCACCUGCGAAGAAGAUGACGUGCUAUUGGAAUCUCUUGUAGAAAAGAUUUUAACACUUCCUUACGAUAAAGUCACGCCUGCUGCUAUAGUAAAGCCAUUAUGGUUACUAUUUGCUGUUUCAGCCCUGUCCCACACGUCACUGUCUUCUGUAAAGGAUUAUGAAAAAUGUGUACAACUUUUAAAUUGCCUCAUUUUAAAAGCUGAUGCACAUAAAUGCUACACGCAUCAUCCAGCUCUUCUCUAUCACUGUAUUCACAGUGGAGAAAUUUCAUUGGAAUUAAAAGCCAAAGUUGUACAAUUAUGGCUUGAAUCAGAUGGCGACAUGAAGUCUCUGAUCGAAGCUGAUUGCGUGGAGUCAACUUGUCACAGUCUACUUAAUGCAGUAGAAACCGGUUCCGCCAAGGUGGUGGAUCUUGCAGUGAAAGGAAUUUGCGAAUUGACAAGAGUCAAGGAAAGCGCUGAAAAAAUGGCCGUUAUAGUUUGGGAAAUUUUACCACGCAUCCUUACAUCAUAUACACCGGAAACCAGUAUAAACGUACGAGGAAUGCUGGAAAUUGCAGAUGUAACACCACCCAGAAGAGUUUCCAGCGCAACAAUAAAGUGUUGCGCUAUCCUCUUAAUGAAGACCUUCGUCAGGAGUGACGUGGACGUUUCCCUGAAGACUUUAACAGUAAACCAAGCAUACACCAUGCUACUAAAAUCCAUAUCUCGUAAGGACAGUAAAGUGCUCGAGGUAUUUCUUAAUGAAUCGGAUAUACUUAAAGAUUUAUUAACAUGUGGUUUCUCAAAAGAGAAUCUCGACUUGGCCACAGCAUCCCUCAAGAUUUUAUCUCUCAUUGUACUCUCCCAGACGAAGCUUUUAAUCCAGUGCGAAAACUCACUGCCGAUUGAGAUGAUGGACGUGUUCCGGGAACUUGCUAAUGAGAGCAAAUCUUUAUGCAUAAUGCAUUUACUCCACGUGCUUCUAAACUACAAGAUGGAUAAGCCAGCUGUUACCUUUCGCCAAUUUCGUGACGAUCAAGAACGGGCAAUCUCCUUGCAGAGUCUUUACAGAAUACUUCAUGUUGUCCAUGCUAAAAAUGGAGUAGAAGUCAGAGAUUUGGUUUACUCUUGUCUUUCUGGUGUACUGAAAUGUUGCUAUUCUUCUGGAGAUAAGGAAACUUUAAAGAACUUAACGGAACAGCAUUUCACUGCGCUUCUUAUUAAAAUGACUAUUGUAUCUGGACACAUCAGUACUGAUUUUUUGGAAUUUCUUAGCUGCUGGCUGCACUAUAGAAAAAUUGCUUUUGAUAUUAGUGUCGCACAGGAAAGAGACAAGUCCAGGGCACUAUCCAGAGAUUGUUUUGAACGGACGUUAGACAUUUUAGUUAAUUUUCUCAAAACUAUUGACACCGCACAACCUGACAUCGGCGACGUACUGUCAAGAAUAAAGCAAUCAAUCAAAAUAUUUGACCCAUCCUUAAUAUCUCCCAAUGAAUAAUUCUCGCGCGUAAAAAAGAGUAUGUUUAAUUGUUUACUGUCUUAAUAUGUUACUCGUAUAUAGAAAUUAUUAAUUUUACAUAAUGUAUUAACUAGAAUCAGACUAAGGGAGGAAUAUAUUUUAAAACAUGUGAACGAUA